UAUUUAUUAUAUUUAUGCCUUUCAAUCUAAUACUAAAAUUUUUUUUUAAUAUAUCCCCUAGGGUUUGUGCGGUGGGCCACGUAUGCCAUGUGCUUGCAUGUGCUGUGUCUUUCUCUCGUAGGGCCCCACCACUGCUUUUCCUUUGAGCAAAUAAAUGGAGUUUCUGCAUAUUCUUCUCUUUCUCAUUCCCCUCUCUCUAUCUCUACUGUUUCUGAACCUCUUUCUUGGAUUCUGAUACACUUUCUUGGAUCUGUUGAACUGGUUCAUUCUCUGCAACUUUGUUUCUCAUAUUUCUCUCAACAUUGUUUUUUAAUUCUUUCACUUUCCAUAGCAAGAAGAAAUUUUAGCAAGGAUGAGACCUCCUAGUUCACUCAAGCAAGAAUUUCUAAAGAAAUGGAUAACGGGUCUCCAAAGAUGUAGCUCUUCAAAGAGGAAUAUGAGCAUCUUGGAGAGAACGAAGGCUAUAAAGUUGUCAGCAGAUGUAGCCAUGGCUUCUGCAAGAAACAGUACAACUUGUUGGAGUCGAGCUCUCAUUGCCAAUGCUUCCAAAGACGGCAGUGAUGGCAAACAUCUAGUUGAGCAAAUUUUGGGUCUGGAGUCUGAGAGGCUAAUGAUGAAGAAGGCUUCGACAGGAGCAUUGGUGUGCAACAAGAGGAUCAGAAGCAAGAAGAUCCUGAAAAGGAGUUGCCGAAUUCCAAGAACAAGAAAAUGUGUACCCCAAGUGGCUUUAGCGACCUCUAUUGCGAAAAGGAUGGUUAGGAAAAGAACCCAAGUUUUGAAAAGUCUAAUCCCAGGAGGAGAAUUUAUGAAUGAAGUCUCUUUGAUAGAGGAAACUCUAGAUUAUAUCAUAUCUCUUCGUGUUCAGGUUGAUGUAAUGCGAGGUCUUGCCGGUGUUUCAGAGCUAGUGAAUCAUAAUUAAGGGCAUCAAUGGUAAAUUGCUCUUUAGUUAUCUACUACUAUAUCUGUAUUAUUUCCUUU